UUUCUUAUUUCAGCAGUGUACUACAAUUCAAAAUCUUCAGUCUUCCUUCUUCUCGUGCCAUGUUGGCUCUUCUAAGUCUUCCAUUCAUUUGCUCUUGGUUUGGACAGGUAUCUUCCAGCCUCACGCCAUUCGUUUUGCAUGAACGACGCUCUCGUUCUCCAAGCGGUUGGGUCCCCGAACGCAAACACGAUGCUUCUGCAGUUCUUCCUCUACGAUUCGGACUCAAGCAGUCCAACAUUCAGAACUUAGAGGAAUACCUCUAUGAUAUUUCCGAUCCUGAUUCGUCCAACUUCGGCAAGCAUUGGACACCACUAGAGGUUGCCAAGACGUUCGCGCCCAGCGCCGAGAGCGUCAAGGUAGUUCAUGAAUGGUUGAUAGAUAAUGGUAUACCUAAGGAUAGACUAAGGAUAACACCAAGUCAAGGCUGGAUUGAAGUGGAUGCCACAGUGGAAGAGGCGGAACACCUGAUACUUGCGGACUAUUAUGUUUACAAGCAUGAAUCUGGUCAAGAACACAUCGCUUGCAAUGAAUAUCAUCUUCCCCAACACGUCGCACCUCAUGUUGAAAUUGUUACUCCCUCUGUCCAUUUUGAUGCUAUAAUUCGCCCUACACCCAUGAAUAGAGAUACUGCUCUGAUGAAAACGGACAUCACUGUCGUUAAUACAACCUACUUGGGAGUCGGACACUGUGAUACCCAAAUUUCUAUUGACUGUCUGCGCGCGCUUUAUGAUUUUGAUUACACUCCGAUCGCGUCCGGUCGGAAUAGUUAUGGCAUAGUCGAGUACACGCCUCAAAGUUUUCGCCAGUCAGAUAUGGAUCUAUUUUUCACCAAUUAUUCCAUUCCUGAACUCAUCGGUCGCCCUCCUUACCAAGUUUCUAUCGAUGGAGGUUAUCAACAAACUUUCAACCAGAGUUUUGAUUAUGUUGGAGAAUCCCAUCUGGAUCUUCAAUAUGGAAUGGGGCUGGUUACCUCCAAGUUAAAUGUCACAUUGUAUCAAGUGGGCGACACUGUUAAUCCGAACACAUCGUUCAACAAUUUCCUUGAUGCUCUUGACGGUUCUUACUGUACCUAUGAGGGUGGAGAUGACCCCACGGUGGAUGCGAUUUAUCCUGAUACGCAAGCGGGAGGAUACGAUGGCCCGUCAGCUUGUGGUACCACCAAACCCGCAGCUGUCAUCAGCACAUCCUAUGGAUACAAUGAAGCUGACCUUACCCCUUUCUAUGCUACUCGCCAGUGCAACGAGUACGCCAAGUUGGGCCUAAUGGGUGUUACGAUCCUAUAUUCCUCUGGAGACAGUGGAGUUGCAGGCAAUGGUCAGGUAUGCCUGAAUGACGAUGGUUCUCAAUCUGUCAAUGGGACCCGAUUUAAUCCGAGCUUUCCUGGUUCAUGCCCAUAUGUUACUUCUGUUGGAGCUACCCAAAUUGCUGAAGGAAAUUCAGUUGAUGAUCCCGAGGUCGCUGCUGCUCGAGUCACUGCUAGUGGAGUCUUUUACAGCGGUGGAGGAUUCAGUAAUGUCUUUGGAAUUCCGAACUAUCAAAAAGAUGCCGUCGCAACGUAUAUCAAGAACUUUAAAACGGACAAUUUCACGACUUCAGCUUAUAAUUCUUCCGGAAACAGUCGCGCGUUCCCCGACGUUGCGGUCAACGGUGCUGCGUACGUUGUGGCUGCCGAGGGCGAAUUCAUCCUCGAGUGGGGCACUUCUGCAUCCUCACCCACUAUGGGAUCUAUACUUGCAAUGAUAAACGACGCCCGUCUUGCAAUUGGCAAAAGCACCAUUGGUUUUAUUAAUCCUACGAUCUACUCAACGCUGUUCCAAGAGGCUUUCAAUGACAUCAGAUCUGGUAACAAUCCUGGUUGUGGAACGGAAGGCUUUACUGCUGCUAGUGGCUGGGAUCCCCUCACGGGACUUGGAACGCCAAAUUUCGAGAGGCUGAAGGAAUUAUGGCUUGCUCUGCCUUAAUUAUUUACUCUGCUCAUCCAUCCUUAUUUAUUGCAUGCCUUGAUUUAGAUACUGUAUAUAAUAUCUGAUCCAUAGUUUAUUUACUUAACAUUAAAAUAUGCAAGAAAUUGCUUGGAAUUGCCGAU